UCAUAAGGCAUGAGAUACAUAAAUUUGAUAUUUUGUACAUCAUACAAACAUCAAAAUGAAUGAAAUGAAGAUGUGGGCUAGUAUGUUUUGUUGUGGGCUCCCACAUGGCUCCUGGAAAUUUAAUUAAGUUUCAACCCUGUGGAAGUGAAAAGAUGCAGGCAUUUUCAUCUUUCUAUGUGCACACGGCAUUACUUUGAAUUCAAUACCAAUAUUGAACACCUACUCCUGAAGACCAUAAAUGUUACAAACAUUCCGGGUACCAUAGCCGCAUCAGCUGUGUUCUUCUUAGGAACAUUUCUCCUGGAAGGAACAAAAAGUUUAAUGUUUUACUGGACUGUCAGAUUACAACAAAAUCCUCUAACAUAUGGACAGACAGAUGCCAAAAAUCAGGACUUAUCCCCCCUGUUUGCUUCACUCAUGAUUCCUUCUAGUCUCGAGAAGAUUAAACAGAGAAGAUUGAAGUACCAUGUUUGUGGAAUGUUGACUCAUUUUUUCAAUGCCUUCUUGGGGUAUAUCAUUAUGUUGGCUGUUAUGCAAUACAACUGGUGGAUUUUUAUUGCUGUUUUAUUAGGAAGUGGUUGUGGGUACUUUCUUUUUGGAGCAGUAACGUAUUCCAUCAGAGAAAAGUAUGCCAACUUGAGGGUUUUCAGAGAUACGGAUUCUAGUCACAUCAAUUCUACAUACGAGCAGGAACCUCCAUCCACAUGAGUUUACAAAAAAUGGAAGUAACAAAUCUGUAUCAUUUGUGCAGUUCCAAAGUAUGAUUGUUUUGUGGUUGUUAUAUGAUAUUUGAAUGGUCAGAUAUAAAGUCAUGUAUUUUAUAUAAACAAUCAUGAAUGUGCCUUUUAAAGGAAGUGAUAUUAAAAUACAAGGAAUGUGAUGUGUGCAAUACAUUAAAAUACAUGUACAUGUAUAGUUUUUUUUCAGGGUUUUUUUUUUGCAUAUUGUUUAGGACAUUAUAUUUUAGUUUGAUUGUCCAUUGUUGCUUUAAGCUUUUGCUAUUGUUUUUAUAUUUAAAAAAAAUAUAACUAAAAAAAAUGAGCAAUUUCAGCUCACAUUCUAAAAACAUUGUAUUGUAUACAUGUAUUUUUAAUGUUCAAGUUAUGUGAAUCUUUUUGCUUCCUGUACUUUAUUUGUGACAUCAGAAUCAUAGUUCAUGGAAAAACACUCUUUGUGCCCUUAAUGUACAGUUUUUGACAUGUUUACCAUCACCUAGAUUUGGGGGGGGGGGGGGGGGGGGGCAAAUUCAGUAGAAAUCAUACACUUCUUUAUUGAUUUUGAUGACCAUUUGUCCUUUCUGACAUAUUUUUACUGUAUACAUCGAAAUGUUUGCUCCCAUUUUUAUUUUUACCCCUUUCACUGUCAUUAUGAAUAAGACUUCAAAAAUUCAUAUUAUUUAUUAUAUACCCAUCAAUGUAUCGUUCGUUGAUACUGUGGAUUUCACAGCGUGUGAUCCGGUUUUCCGGAUCACCACACUGUGGUUUUCUGAUUCCGUAUCAGUAUCCUCUGAAACUGAUGCCGUCACAAUCACGUCACAAUGCAUCAACGCAACGUUAUUUGUGGAAAAUAUUGACCACGUCACAAAACAAAACUACGUACACAAAACAUAAUUUCAUGGUAUGUCUGUUUUUGAUAAUUUGGAUUACAUUUAUCAUCUUAUAAAUGUGGAUUUAAAAUGCAGAAGGGGGUAUAUAAUAAAUUUAUCAUUACUACAGUAACUUGAUCCGAAGAGUUGGAUCACGUCUCGUUGACAGGCGCGGAUCAUCAGAUCAAACUCGACGCUUCGCGUCUCGUGUGAUCUGAUGAUCCGCGCCUGUCAACUCGACAUGAUCCGACUCUUCGGAUCAAGUUACUGUAGUAAUAAUAUAUAUAUAUCAUUCAAUUAUUUGAUUAUCUCUCUUUUAACACAAAUGGGGGAAAAACAGGGUGAAACCAUCUGCAAGUGGAAAAGGGAAAUAUAAAAAAAAAAAUGUGUGAAAAUAGCCCUGUAUACAGUAUCUACUGCACUUCUGUGUCCCGGACAGAUUUCUCUGUAUACAGUAUCUACUGCACUUCUGUGUACUGGGCAGAUUUCUCUGCUCAGGAUUUGAAUGCUAGAAUAUUUUACUAAAAUCAAAACAUGAAGGGAAGGGUAUAUAUCUUAGCUAGCUUUGUGUAUUCAAUUCAUGGAUAUAUGGCAGAUAAAUGUGCCCUGUUAAUACUGUUUUUUGAAAGGGUCCGGUGAGAGAUUUAACAGCUUUGAUAUAUCAAUUUAAUAACCAUGGUUGUUUCAUUUCAAUAAUGUUUACUAUGUAAUGCAAAUUAUAUGUCAUGUGCCAAUACAUACUGAUCAUAUUAAAGGUGCUGAGGUCAAAAGACAGAAA